AUGCAAUGGCUCGAUACGUAUGCGCUCAAGGCGGAGGCGCGCAUGGAUGACGAUCCCGCCCUGGCGCGCAAAGUUUACACACGCCUUGCUCAGCGUUUGAUCGAAAAUGGAACUGGCACCUCUCUCCUUUUUGGAACUAUCAAAGAGGAAACCAAUUUGAUCCUUGCGGAAUGCAUGCAAUCUGCCGGGUGUCGCGCCUUCGUCGGCAAGCUUUCGAUGGAUAUUGAUAUUACCUCUCCCGACUCGAAAACAAUCACGUAUGUCGAGCCAUCAGCAUCAGCCUCUCUCGGCGCCGCUCAGUCGUUUAUCAACCAUUGCCAUGGGCUUGUAUCACAUCUUCACGAGUCGCAGCGGCUGGUGGAGCCAGUGCUUACCCCGCGCUUUGUCCCGACAUGCACCGACGAGUUGCUAAAGGGGCUAGGGGAAAUAUCACGCACAGAGGGAGUUAAAAUUCAAAGCCAUCUGGCGGAAGCGAAAGAUCAAGUUGAAUGGGUGCGCGCAGAACGUGGGAUAGAGGACAUCGACGUAUUCGACAAGCACAAUCUACUCACACCGAGAACGGUGCAAGCUCACUGUACUUUCCUUACCGCACCGGAUUUUGCUCGAAUCUCCGAGAGUGGAACAGCGAUUGCGCACUGUCCAUUGUCGAAUGCAUAUUUUUCUGCAAAGCCCUUUCCACUACGAGAGGCACUAGAUGCACAGGUAACAGUCGGGCUUGGAACUGAUGUGGCUGGCGGAUAUAGCCUAGACAUGAUGAGCUCAAUGCGACAUGCUGUUGCUGUCUCACGAAUGCGUGAAGGCGACCGCGUCAUGAAAUCUGACGGCAAUGCGAACGUUGAUUCACGGAAUUUCGUGAUUGAUUGGAAGGAAUCUCUAUAUCUUGCGACCAGAGGCGGUUCUCUUGCACUAGGUCUCCAGGGAUUCUUCCGCGUCGGAGGUCCGUUUGAUGCUCAAGAAAUUCGAAUAUACGAUCCUGUCUCGGGAAGUGGAAUUGGCCCUCUUGAUUAUUUUGAUCUGGAGAGUCAAUUUAGCGAUCAGCGAUCAGGUCCAUCUAGCUCGCUGUUAACAGUCGAAGAAAUUGAAAAAUGGUGGUGCAUUGGGGACUUAAGAAACCGCGGGGCGGUCUGGAUACAGGGAAAGAAGGUGCGGUCGACAUGA